CUUGCGGCAGCCCCGUCUUUGAAAAACCGGCGCGGCUAAUUCAAGAUGGCGGAGCACGAGCAGCUGUUGGACGAGAGCUCUUCAGCUAAGGCUCUUGUCAGCCUAAGAGAGGGAAGUUUGUCGAACACCUUAAAUGAGAAGAACAUCCUGUCGAAAUCUCAGAACACCAGAGGACGGAGCAGCUACACGACCAUGGAGACGCCAACGAGAAGCUCAAAGAGAAGUCGUUUUUCCUCUGAAGAUGAGGAGCGGUCCGUCAGCUCCAGAUCCCCCAGGAGAAGUCAGAGAGUCACCACUGUUCCUCAGAAACUCGCAAGUGUCGCAACACCAGAUAAAAAAACCUCACAGAAGAUUGGGCUAAGGUUACGAAAUCUGCUCAAGCUCCCCAAAGCACACAAAUGGUGCAUCUACGAGUGGUUCUAUUCUAAUAUAGACAGACCUUUAUUUGAGGGCGAUAAUGACUUCUGUUUAUGCCUGAAGGAGUCUUUCCCUAAUCUAAGAACCCGGAAGUUGACCAGAGUGGAAUGGGGAACCAUCAGACGAUUAAUGGGCAAACCCAGGAGGUGCUCUUCUGCGUUCUUUGCCGAGGAGCGAACGGCGCUGAAGCAGAAGAGGCAGAAGAUGCGUCUGUUGCAGCAGAGAAAAAUCACAGACAUAUCACUUUGCAAAGAUCUGCCUGAGGAAAUUCCUCUGCCACUAGUCAUCGGCACUAAAGUCACAGCUCGACUCAGGGGCGUCCAGGACGGCCUGUUCACCGGACAGAUCGACGCCGUGGACACCAGCGCAGCGACCUAUCGUGUCACCUUUGACCGAAGUGGACUCGGUACACACACGGUGCCAGAUUAUGAAGUGCUUAGUAACGAACCUCCAGAAACGAUGCCCAUAUCUGCAUUCGCUCAGAAACAGCGCCCGUCCCGCUUUCCGAACUACAUGACUCCACCACGGGGGACGUACCCUAGCUCAACCCAGCCCAUCUUAAUGGACAGCGAUCCUCUGUUUAGUCAGUCGCCCUGGAAGAACAAACUGACCGGAAGUGACGGAGAGACGCUCGGAGGAUUCCCCGUCAAAUUUCUCGUUCAAGUCACGCGAUUGUCCAAAAUACUCAUGAUUAAAAAGGAGCACAUUAAGCAUUUAAAGGAGAUGAACACAGAAGCUGAAAAACUGAAAUCUUAUUCCAUGCCGAUCGGAUUGGACUUUCAGAGGAGGUACGCGACCACAGUACUGGACCUGGAGCAGCUUAACAAAGACCUGAACAAAGUUCUGCACGAAGUCCAGCAGUUCUGUUUUGAUCUCGCCCCGGAGCAAGGCAUGCAGCCCGCGGAUCAACCCAGCGAGCUGCGGAGACGCUGCGAGGACGAAGCUCAGGACGUGGUGCGGCUGUCCAACGUCCUGCCCGACGGAGAACAGAGAGUCAAUAACCCUGGACUCACACAGCUCAUUUCCCGCCUCACCGCCCUCCUGCUGCAGAUCAGGUGCUUGGCAGAAGGUGGUGACCUGAAUUCUUUUGAAUUCAAAUCAUUAACCGACUCCCUGAACGACAUAAAAAACUCAAUAGACAACUCCAACCUCAGUUGUUUCCAAGACAACGUAGAGAUCCAUGUAGCGCACAUCCAGAGCGGCCUGAGUCAGCUGGGGAACCUGCACGCUUUCUCCGCCAACAACACCAACAGAACGUGACUGAUACAGAAACGCCCCCGCCCCCCUCCCCAAUCCCGUCUUAAACACGGACUCGAAUGAAACCCGAACAGGCUUCGACCCAGGAGCCAUCUUGUCGACUCCCACAAUGUCUUAAACAAGCGCGACAAGCACGCAGACACUAGAGCAGCAAACAGCAGAGCCGUUAGUAGCGCGCCAUUUCUUCAGUGUGAAAUCCGUGCGUCUGUCUGUUUGUAGUGCACGCUGUGGGACUGACACAGGACGAUCACCGCAUCCGCCUGUCUCAAUCCUAUCAAGUUACCCUUCACGUUAGAGUCUGUUUCCUGUAGAGUCUUGUUCAAGUUUCAGUUCUUAUUUAUUAAUUUUUUUUCCCCUCUUGUUUUUUUUUAUGCUUCCCUCUGAAAAAAGGGAACUACAAUUUUAAGUGUCUGAGAAGGAAAAAAAUUUUUUUUCAAUAUGUAUAUUGUAGAUAAUCGUUCGGUUUGUUGAUGUAUUGUAUCGGAUAUUGUAUGUAUGCAUUUUGUAAAUACUUUUAAGUAUUUUUGUAAAGAGGCAAACUUGAUCCAGAUGUGUAAAUGGUGUAACGGUCAGAGUAAGUUCUCUUCCCCCAUUGUUUAAACUUUACCAAUCCCGUUUUUCCUAUGCGUUACCAUUGUUAUCUUGCGUUUUUUUUUUUUUCCUUUGGAUUUAGAAAUUUUAAAUGAUUUCACCACCAGUUGUUUUGUUAUAGUUUUUAUUAUUUAACUGGUACGUGAAAAUGUAUAUACGUUUUGUUAAUUUCUAAUUAUACCUUAAAACACAGAUGAUGAUUUUCCUGGAUUUUGUAGUAACUCGGACACGUUUCAUGUACAUUGUUUUCUGUUUUAUUUUAUUUUUUUCCAGCAGUAAUAUAG